AGCAGUUUUUUUUUCAGAAGCAGGAAAACCGCGUUAUUUUUAUUUGAAAGACACAAAACCAAUAAAAGCAGUCGAUCUGUCGCUGUCCAGCAUUUAAUAUGCUUUUGGAAGAGGAAUCUUGAAUUAACAAUCGCGUAAUUCGCUGAGAAGAAAAAGUUUGUUUGCUAGUUAAACGGAAUACGAAUGAAGUUUUAAAAAGCUCAAAUUUGCGCAAAUUUCAAAUCAGGACCUAAAGCUCUGCGUACUAUCGAAACUAGAAGUAUAAGUGUGAAAAGAACUCUACUCCCACUAACGAAAGAGUCGUGAGAUGAAGUGUAUGUUGUAUUCCAAAAUUAGUAUAAUCAGUCGCGUGUUGCGAAUUUUGUAGAACUACUGGUCGUGCCGACCUGCUUUAUUUUGUCGCGUUUGAGAGUAGAAAAAAGACAACCUCUACCAUGCUGUUUAGAAGUAAGCUCACGCGACGUGACGCGUAGUGGUCUCCACCCACUUCACGUCCUCGUAGGUACUGCUGCAACUUGUACGUUUGCCGCGUGCUUCUACUGCGUAGUUUGCGCGCGAAGACCCCAACAACAGCAUGCUGAACGUCGAGGUGGUCGAGCGCGCUCAGGAGGCGGAACGGGAAGGGAAGUUCCUGGUUUGUACGCUGAAGCAGCUUCCGCAAAUCGUCGACAACCAGUUGCCAGAGAAAAUUGAAAUUUACAGCGGUAUAAAUAUUGCAUGUUUUUGUCGCACGAAGAACAAGAGCAUCUGCAAUGACUAUGGUGUCCAUUCUAGCUUGGAAGCGAAGACGAGCAAGCUGGUGUCUGAUGAAUUUGGCAUGCGCAAAAAUAAAAAACAAGAUUCAACCUGCUUCCAAAGAAAAAAAACAGUUGACAAGUCGAAGGCCGUUGGUCGUUCGCAAGACAAUGACAUUGUCGCGACCUCUCAUGCCAUCUCGCACUACCACAUGGUGCUCGAGGUGCAGCAGACCCGGCCCAAAUCCGGGUACGCCCCCAUGCCCCCGCUUUUUCUCGACUACAGCGCGUCGAGCAGCAGCAACGCAGCCGCGACGCAGUCUCUCGGGCGGAAUAACACACUGAAAAGGACGCACUCCGAAAUGCUGAACAACGGACCGAUGAGUGAGGAUCAAGGUUCGACCCCCGAAGAGCCCAUGGAGCAUCUGAACAACAGAAACGUGAGAAGAAGGGGCGAAAACGGAAACGCCGUUGCUGGAGCUGCUGCAGCCCCCGCAGCAGCCGCGAACAAUCGAAACCGCCGGAAUUCGCAGCAAAACGCGGCUGCUGACCGGACGGAAAACAUCGGCAACGCCAUCGAGGACAGCAACACGCUCCGGGGCCGGGGAACGACGGCUUUCGGCGGCAGCAGUUCUUCGACCGCGAAAAUGAACACCAACCCGGAGAUCGACAAGAUCGUGCGGGGGGUCAGUCGGAACGAUCCGAAGGUUUUGCAGGUGCUGGAAAGCCUGAAAUCGAUUGGGGUGGAUGUCAACAAGUUCACGCAGGAAAUCAAGGGCACCUCAACCAUCGGCGGGCCACCGAAGGGCGUUUUGAAGGUGAACGCGAGUACGAGUAGUGGGCCCGGGAGUUUCGGCCGGGACUCGUUAGUACAGUACGAAAACGUCAACACGUGGCUGCUGCGAGAGAAGAUGCGCAACAACGUGCACGUGUUUCUCCGGGAUGUCUCGACGUACGGCACCUACGUCAACGGCGUCAAAGUGGGGAGGAACGUCCUUCCGAGGCUGCUGAGGCACGGCGACGUAUGACGAGAGAUAGCCUUUUGCUUUUCAAUCAUCGAAUUCGAAAAUUUAAAUUAUAUAGUUGUAUACUAAACCGAGAGAAAGGAAUACUUAACAUUGACUUAGACUUACUUAUUUAACAAGUAUUUGCAGGCAGCGAAAGUUCGUAUUCAAAGACCUCAGUCAGUCAGAGCCUUAGCAGGCAAUGGCAAAAAUUGUCUUCGCACAAUCCACCGCCCAAAAACGACAGGUAAUCGCUUUCAUGCGACACGAAGAGGAGCCUAACGUGCUGGGUGACUUUCGGGUUGAGUACGCAGAGGGACACGCGCCGCGUGGCGAUGAGGUACAGACUAAAUAGCGUACAUCAAUCGGCGUGCUCAUAUUCGUCAUCGCGGUAGGAGCUGAUGCAGCAUGGCAGGCACGAGAGUUGUGUGUCAGCUCUGUAGUUCAAACAAUGUGCAACAUGUUGAAAAUGAACUUGCCACAAUUCGUCCGUUGACCUCCACAGGUCGUCUCUGUCGAGCUCCCCCUGUUCACCUCGAUGAGCUUCGGUGACUGGAUUCGGCAUCGGGAGGCGGUGGUGUUGGCAAACAGCAGCAAAUCCACCAUUCGCCAGUGCUACCGGGUUUGCCUGACCACGUUCCUGAUGUGCAACGAGGACCCGAGCAGAAAGAGCCGGAUAAAGGCCGACCUGCCACAAGACAUCCGGAGGAAGAUCCUGGAGUUCCUCUACGUCGACACGCCGGCGCAGGCCGUUGCGGGAUGCCCAUGUAAAUAAGAUGGGGAUAAUAUACUUUGCUACUGUUUUUUUCUGAUGUCGAAGAACAGUUCGUUGUACUGCAUUGGGUCUGACAGUUGUGUUAUAAAUAUGAGCGCGACAACUUCGGCUCGAUGCCGUUCCAUGAACAAAGAAAAUAUUGGUUUGAAUCUUUAAACCCCAACAGUCCCCGAGGAGCAACGGCCGCCGAAGGCUGACCAUUUGAAGCACAAGGCGAAUAAGGCCAAGGAACGGCACAUCAACAGUACGGUCGAAACGAUCUUGAACUAUUGUGACGGGUUGGCAUCGAACGGGACAAUGCAGCUCGAGAUGAAGAUCUACCGUAUCAUAUUUUUUUCUGUUUUUCCUUUUCCAGCAAAGUUGAGCUUGCCAAUUUUGCAGCGAAAGUGGUGGCUCUGUCUUCAAGGCUGCUGCAUGACGAGCAUGAUGUUCGCUCUGAAAAUAAUUCACAAGGAAAAUCACAAACACAAUCUGAAUGCACCAUCAAAAAAAAAACAAAAACGCAGUCGACAAUAUCGAGAACAAGGCGAACAAUCCGAAGUGGAUGUGGGACCUGAAGGGCGAGGUUUUGAAAGACCGGCGACUGCACACGAAAAUCAAGGACCUGGGCUACAUCGUGGAGCACAACAACCAGCAGCAAAAACUGACGAUCAAGUGGUCUGGGCAAGAGGCCGGCGCCAACAACCGCGCGGGUGCCGCUGCCGCCGCGGGCGCCGCCUUGGCCGCCGCCGCGGCUGCCGCCGACCUCGGAGCCCCGCCGCCACCAGCAGUGCUGGAGCGCGCGCUUGGCGGCGUACACCGAAGAUUGGGGAUCCGGGCCGCCGCUGCGGCGCCGCCACCGGUGAACCCCGAUGACAUGUGA